AAAAAAAAAAUCCCCACUCCAGGUUCACGUUAAUUAUAAUCAGUUGAUUGUCGACGGAGGCAUUUUAGGUCUUUCAUCUCGCCAUCUAAAUCAGUUCAACAAUUUCCAUUUUAUUUACAUCGGAUUCACUUUGUUGUUUUCCUUAAUUGUGAUAAUAAUCAUCAUUAAACUGUCGGCAAACUGUUAAUCCUCUCGAGUUAAUUUCCAUCUUUAUCUUUUUUUUUAACUAAUUGUUGUGUGUCCAUUACCAUCAUCAUCUUGAUAAUUACAAAUGUGAAUGUUGACCAGAAGAAAUCAAAAUCUUCCUAGGAAAAGAAUCAACAACACAAAGAGAUUCUGAUAAAGAGAAAAGAACAAAAAAAAAAAAAGAAAGGAAAAAGAAAUUAAUUGUUACCUUGAGCUGUUUCAAUCCUUCUUUUAAUUAACUUACCUUUUGAUUAGUGUUUUUUUUUACCUCUUACUGACCAACAAAAACCAACGAAUUUAUUGUGAAAAAGAAAAGAGAGUUAAUUGUUUUCUUUUCUAAAUUGUUCCUUCUUGUCGCCAUUUUGGUUCUCUUCAUGUUCGCUUUGUUAUUUCCUUUCUCCUCUAAUCACCAACCAUCAACAUCUUAUUGUCUCCAUUUUAAUCUUCUACUGGUCUGUGUCCUCUUCUUUCAAAGAAAAAGUGAUUAACGUGACUGUUUAAUUAGCUUAAUUGUGAAAAAGGUGGAAAAAAGAAAAGAAUAAAAAACCAACCAAAUUAAAACGUUUUCUAUUCAAAUUUAAUACUCACUUGGUCAUUUAUCUUUCAUUUUGAGAUCAUCAUGUCAACAGAAAAUGGCGGUUUCAUCUUCUCCCUCGCAACAAUUAUUUUCCUCCUAUUGGUGAAUUGUAAUCACUUUGCCAAUUCUGGAAUACCUAAGAAUGGUCAUCAUCAUCAUCAUCUUCAAAGUCCAUCUUGGCGAUCGCUUCCAAUCAAUAACAUGAGCCAAUUGGCCGAUAAUGACCUGAACGGCAAAGAGUCCAGUCUAAUCUCUGGUUCACAACCUCAAGGUGAACAAAUAGUCAAACAACAUUUCGUCUCAUCCAAAGUAAAUGUUACUUUAUCAUGUGAACCUGAAGAGAUUCUGGUUAAUCUGAAUUUCACCUCACCAUUCAAAGGAGUCAUUCAAUCGGGGGACAAAAACACUUCAUGUCGCAUUCGUGGGGAUGGUAAACGCACUUACGUUCUGAAAGUACCACACAAUUCAUGUGGAACCAAACACGUGGUUUCAUCAGGAAGUUUCUUCAACACACUUUUCAUCCGAUAUCAUCCAUCCCUUGAAAUGGAGGGCGAUCAGCUGAAGACAAUUGUAUGUAAAUUUGCCACCGAAUCUGUAUUCAUUGGUUAAUUGUUGCCCAUCAACCAAUGAACACCUUAAUUGUGAUUAAAAAACAAUUAAACGACGAGAUGAUGAAAAAAGAGAGCAAAUUUUUCUUUCCAUAUCAGGCUGAUGAUAAUCGUUAAGAUGAACACCUUGGUGACACUUUGAUGACAAAUUAAAUAUUUUUUUCUUCUCCA